AUGCCAAGCAUUCAACUAUUGUCAUUAUGAGUUACAUUGUUUUGUUUGAGAUGAUUUGGUUUUUGCAGUGGGUUCUUGGCUUGAGCCUAAUAGUACUUUUAGCUCAUGCAGCUCACAAUGUAGACUGUGAUAUUGACUCAAUUACUGUAAGAUGGAUUGCUGAUGAGAAGACAACCCUAGACCCUUCAAUCCUCUUCCUGGGAAGUUGUCCUCCCACUAGGUUUUCAUUAACUACUGCUGAGGCAAUAUUCCAUGUGGGUUUUGAGGACUGUGGUUUCAUGCGCAUGGUAACAAAAACCCAACUGAUCUACAAAAACUACCUCAGAAUACCUACUGCAUCUCUGGAUUCUGCAAUCUAUCCUGUUCAAUGUGCUUAUAAAAGGCCUCAAGACUGGAUUCCUCCAUUGUUCCUCCCUCACACCCAUGCAGAGGGCUAUGGGAGCCUUUCCUUCCAAAUGGGUAUAUUGAGAGGUGGCUUCUGUGAACCUGCUCAGGUGUCCACCUUCACUUUGGGGUCUGUCAUCCCAAUCUGUGCUGUGGUAGCACAUGAGGGCCACAUGCCUUUAUAUCUAUACCUGGAGGAGUGUGUUGCAGCUAACACUCAAUCACUUGGUCCAUUAAGCCAGAUUCAUAAACUAGUAACUAACAAAGGAUGCCUUGUGGACAGCAUGACUGCAGAUUCAAGGUUCCAGCGCUUUGGCAAUACUUCUGAAAUAAUCCUCCAGCUGCAAGCCUUUAAGUUUGUUCAUGGAGCAGAAGUUUAUAUACACUGUAAACUUGCUGCUUGGGAUCCAACGGGCCUUACUGAGGAAAAGAAGGCUUGUAACUACAACAAAGGACUGAAAAGAUGGGAGCUUGUGGAUGACCCUUCUCAAAGUGCACUGUGUAACUGCUGUGACUCUGGCUGCGAGUAUAAGAACUGGCAAGAUUCAGAUGCUCAAUUCACUCAAAAUGCUGUGUUGGGACUACUGAACAUAAAUUCCCAAGUACCUGGGCAUCUGAUUUAAGGGAUUGAUGUUUGAACCAGGCUGUUUCAACCAUUUCUGGUUUGGUGAAGCCUGACUUUGGCAGUUACCAACACUUCCAAUAAAGUUCCUGAAACUAGUA